ACCUCAAAGGGCCACUGGGCACCCCACCUUCUCUCUGUCUGCCUCCUGGCCGCGCUUCCCUCGCUCUGCCCUCUCUCCACUCCCUGCGCUUCCCUUUCUCCUAUUUUGAAAUAUUUCACUUUUCUGCACUGUCCACGGUUUUUACAACACAUUGCUUACCAAAAACUGCCCACAGCGCUCACGACCCUGACUCGCGGCUCCAGCGCGCCCCCUGUCGGUCGGCCGGGGCAGUGCACCUCCGCGAGCUCCGGACGCGCCCUCGCUAGCGCCCCACCCGCUUCCGCCUUCGGGCGCCGCGGACUCUGCCCCGCGCUCCCAGCCGGUCAUGGCUCCGCUGCGCUUCUCGGCCAAUGUGUCCUGGCUGUUCCCCGAGCUCCCCGGCCUCCCCGCACGUUUGCGGGCAGCGGGCAGCUCGGGCUUCGAGGCCGCCGAGGUCGCCUGGCCGUACGCGGAGCCGCCGGAGGCGCUGGCGCGCGCGGCGCAAGAAGCGGGGCUGCAGCUGGUGCUGAUCAACACGCCUCCGGGAGACCGAGAGAAGGGGGAAAUGGGGCUGGGGGCCGUUCCCGGGAGGCAGGCGGCCUUCCGCGAGGGGCUGGAGCAGGCGGUGCUGUACGCUAAGGCUCUGGGCUGUCCCAGGAUUCACCUGUUGGCCGGCCGCGUACCCCGGGGUGCCGACCGAGCAGCAGUCAGGGGUGAAAUGGAGACAGUUUUUCUGGAGAACCUGAGGCACGCAGCCGGGGUUUUGGCUCAGGAGAACCUCGUGGGACUGCUGGAGCCCAUUAAUACCCGCAUCACUGACCCCCAGUACUUCCUGGAUUCGCCCCAGCAGGCGGCAGCCAUCUUACAGAAGGUUGGAAGGCCCAACCUCCAGUUACAAAUGGACAUAUUCCACUGGCAGAUCAUGGAUGGGAAUCUGACAGGAAACAUCCGCGAGUUCCUGCCCAUCGUUGGGCAUGUGCAGGUGGCACAGGUCCCAGGCCGGGGGGACCCUGGCAGCCCUGGAGAGCUGAACUUCUCCUAUCUAUUCCAACUGCUGGAAGACGAAGGCUACAACGGCUUUGUAGGCUGCGAGUACCAGCCUCAAGGAGACACAGUGGAGGGCUUGAGUUGGCUACGUUCCUACUGGGAUAGGCGGGGCCGCUCACAGGCUGGCCAGUGAGGUCCUGCAGUCCACCAACUUGCCUCUCUGGGACAGUGAAUUGAGCUUCCUGAGUAUCCUCUGGAAUUAAAGACAACUUGCUGAA